AUGCGCCGAAGACAAACGACAAGAAGAACAUCAACAGCUGAUGAUGAUGAUGAAGAUGUAGUCAAUCCAAUCGAUGAAAUAUGGAAGAAAAUCGAGUCAAUAGAAAAAGAAGUCAACCAACGAUUAGAAGAAAUUAAUCAUGAUCUUAAUUGUUUGAAAGAAAAAACUCGUGGAAAUGAAUGUCAUGAUGAUGAACGUUUCUUAAAACUUUGUCAUGCUGUAGACUAUCUUCUUGAGCGUAUUGAUCAUGAUUAUGAUACAAUAGCAUGUCGCGAAAUGAUCUUAUUAUUACUCGGUCAAAGGUCAGUGCGUCCGUUCUCUGGGCGUACAAUUCGCAAUCGACAAUUAUGUCGACGUAUGAAAAGAUGGUGUUUAUUUGUUGCUCUUGUUCUUUUUAUUGUGGCAUGCAUGUCAGUUUAUGGAUUACAUCGUAAUUGGUGUUAUCUUUUAGUAAUUUUAUGUCUGUCAGGAUCAAUACUUUCGUCGAUUGGUCUUCGUCGUAUAUACAAAAUUAUCGAAGCGAUCUGGUGA